UGUAAACAUGCCUGUGAUAUGAUGGACCACAGGUCCUACAGCAGCAUAAUGCUCGUCCACUUUUUCUUCCCCAUCUCAGCUAUUCCCUCACCAAGCUUCCAGACUGUGGACAACCCCAGCACCUCCCACACCCUGGAAAGGACUGUGGGGACAUCUGUCCAGCUGCAGCUGAGCUCCUCCUUGUACCCAAAUGUCCGAGAGAUUGAGUGGAGUUGGCAUUCUGAGCCUGAGAAAGAAGAGAUCCUGGUGUCCUGGAAACCUAAUGCCACUCCUGACUGGUAUGAGCUGGAGGAAAAAUACAGGAGCAGCUUCUCUCUGACGGAGACGGCAGUUUUGAGCAUUAGGAAUCUCACCACGGAAAUGAGUGGAUCAUAUACAGCAAAGGUCAAAUUCCACACAGGAAAAUCCCAGAAGGAAGUCUUUAAACUCUGUGUAUAUGAAGUCAGGACUACGUCUGACCGCAGUGAGCCUACAGCUUGGCCGUCACAGGCUGAAGCAGAGCCCAUCCCCCACCCCCAGAUUGUGAUUCAUUCAUCCUCCUACCAGGCAGGCUGGUGCAAUGUCAGUCUGGAGUGUGGGACCCCAGGAGCCACAGAGAUCUGGACAGUGACCUGGCUGAGUGAGGGGCUCCCCAGGGAGCUGGAGGAGAGAGAGGCUCUGGGGCCAGUCCCCAGCUCCAGGAAUCUAAGCCUGAGCCUGCCCCUGAGCCAGCUGAAUGGCCCCCUCACCUGUAGGGUCAGCAACCCUGUGGACGAGAAGAAUGCAACCUUAUUCCUGCAGAACAUCUGUCUGUGGACGGGUUCUCAGAGCAAGUGGCUUUGGAGAGGUGUCUUGUUCACAGUUCUGAUGCUGAGCCUGGUCUGCGGAGUGUGCAUCUGGGUGAGGAAGAAGAUACAGUCCCGGAGGGGGAGGUCCACUCUGCUGCCUACAGAGCUGGGCUCAGCAGCGGUUCCCCAGGCCCCGCCCACAGAGGAACCUGCUGGCAUGCGGACUGCGGGGGCCCACAGCCACAGUCCUCCUGACGUGGAGAUCAGCCUCCUGAGACACCCCAAGAAUGACAUGGAGAGGGACAGCUGCCAUCCUCCUAAGCCUGAGUGCAGCCCAACCGUCUACACUGUCUACGAGAAGGUCCGGAUGAGCCGAAUGUCCCAGAAGGACACCUAGGUUAAUGAAGACAUCGGGGUAUGAGGGGCCUUGGCAAGACCUGCCCCACCCUACACUCCACCCAGGGUCCCAGAAAUCCCUCCUUAGGUAGAGCUAGGACAAGACCCCACGUCUUCCUGAUGUGCUCCCCCACCCCAAGAUGGCAGAGCAGCACCACGUGCCCCAGGGCUCCUCACCAAGGUCUUCUCACCUCACGGGUGGUGAGCUUUGACCACGUCGCUUGAGCAUCCAGCAAGACAGGCUGAUUCUUGGGCGGGCGGUCAGGUUUCUGACCUGUGACCCACUGACCCCCGUGAGGGAACGCCCGUAGUCAGCCAGGACCCGAGGACGCGUCUCUGGGAACAGAGAUGCUUUCCCAGAAUUGGGCGGGCCUUGGAUGGAAGAUUUCCAGGAUGUCACUGCCCAGCCCACCCCCACGAACAGAAGAGGGAUGGCCUGGAUGUAGAAAAGCAAGAGCUGCUCAGAUAAAGUUCAGGGUCAGCUUCAGCACGGAGGGAGGGGCAGAAAGGAAGGAAAUAAUUUUUGAGCUCCAUCACCUGCAGGCUUAUAGUAAGCACCAGAAAUGCACUAGCUCCAGAUCUCUCAAAAUUCAAGCAAUUUAUCAACCCUGUUAAAAAAAUUACCUAAUGUACAUAAAUUGGAAGAAAGUCAAAGGCACGCCUCCUUGAAUUUAUAUUUCAUCAGUUGCAAAUGGGAUCCUGUUCCUGUUGUACCUCCUAAUUAGUUGUUACAAUAAUGCAUACACAACACGUAUUGCCACACCGCUAAGUUUCUCUACUGUUUGAAAUAGUUUUUCGUUCGAUCCCUUCGAAUUUCUGGGCAAAGAACCAUAUUAAUGACAAAUAAUUAGAAUUUUUCCUUCUUUCUUUCCGAUUUUUACGCUUUAUUCCUCUCCUGUGUCUUGAUGCUGGUGAACACCCCCCAGUGUUUAAUAAGAGUGAUUCCGAAGCUCAUCCUUUUGUUCCGAACUUAUUGCAAGAGGUUCAAGGGUGUCCCUGUUAAGCAUGAUGUUUAUUGUAAGGCAUUUAAGGCAUGUCUAAAAAGUAUGUUCUUAGUGCUACUUUAUCAAGAAUUUUGCCAUGAAGAAAAUGUUAGAGUUUAUUCUUUCCCUUUUAUCAUCCAUGAUGAUGUUAUCCGGUUUUCCUGUUUUUUCCUCUGUGAAUAAUACAUUAAUAGAUUUCCUCCUAUUGAACUGUUCUUAUGCUACUGGAAUACAUCCCAGUUGCUGUAUUAUUUUCUUAAUGUGCUACUGUCUGAUAAUAUUUUCAUUUGGGAUUUUACAUCAUUAUUCAUAAACGAAAUUGUCCUGUGUUUUCUGUGGUUUACUUUGUUAGUUUGGUAUUUGUAUUAUGCUUAUUAGGGGUUCCUUCUAUCUCCACUUCUUGUAAUAAUUCAGUAAAAAUUUGCUUUGUAGUCCCAAAAAAGAGUCCUUAAAAAAAAAAUUCUUGGGGGUCCUGAGUGGCUCAGUUGGUUGAGUGUCUGCUUAGGUCAUGAUCUCAGAGUCCCAGGAUCAAACAAGUCAGAAUCUAGCUCCCCGAUCAGUGGGGUGUUUGCUUCUUCCUCUACCUCUGCCCCUCCCCCCAACUCACGCUCUC